AUGAAAAAUGCUCCGAGCGAGGCCAGCCUCUUCCUUCACAGCGGCAACAAAGCGCUUCUGUGUCUGAAAGAAUCAUUAAGAAGAAAUUCAGCUUCCAUAGUGGGUCAGAGCAAGACUGUGCAUGUGUUCUGUGCUCUUGCAGAAGAGCGUUUUGCUGGGGUGUCCUGCGGAGUGGGGGAUGCUCUGGUGAGGGACUGGCUGGGAGGAGGGCCCAGGGCCACUGACAGCCACAGAGGAUGGUGCCGCCCAGGAGAGCCUUGGGCGUCAGGACUACCGUGCUCUCAGAAGCAAUCAGAAAUGGGGAUUUUGGAGGAGGAACUGCCAAGUGCUCUUUUAGAGGGGCUAGGCUUUGAGUUGGAACUGUCUGGCCUGCAUUUCGUCCUGUCUACACUGCUGCACGCACGCCCCAAAGUUUUCCUGAAUGAUGAGACAAAAUGUGUUUUCCUUGGCCAACCAGAGCCCCUGUUUUCAGAGCAAAUGGUAGAAUACAAGAAAAUGCUUUCAAGUAUAAAAAGUACCUCAAACGAUCUGCAAAUAAUACUGGGGUUACUGGCUCUACCAGCUUUUGAAGUAGCAAAUCUGCUACGCCAUAGUUAG